UGAAAAUGAUCGAAUGAUGAUUUUUUUUUAAUGUAGUGCCUCGAUUUCCUUCACUUUUGUGACGACGGCGUAGUUCAGAUGAAACAGGACACCGUAUAUUAUUAUUUUUGCCAGUGUCUUCAAACGCAUCACAACGCCACUGUGACGGUGUAACAAACGGAUGUGACGUAGGGCGUGAUAACCAUCCUUAACCUAAUCCACUUCGUGUGUGCUCAUGAUGCUACUUGUCAGUAAACGCAACGAAAACAAAAUGUUAUUUUAAAACGACACCUCCGAUAAAACCUUUUUUUCUACUAUUUUUUAUUUUUUUCUGGAUCGUCGAGAAUCAUGGAACCUUCCAGGAGGAGCGAGGACGACUGGCAGGGGCUGAUUAAUGAGUUUGUGGUUUGCAAACAGAAACUGGAGAGCAAGAAGGACGCUUUUCUGAUUCUGUCCAAGGAGCUGGAUACCUGUCAGCAGGAGAGGGACCAGUACCAGCUGAUGGCCAACCAGCUGCGAGAGCGGCACCAGGGACUCAAGAAGAAAUACAGAGAGCUCAUUGAUGGUGAUCCCUCUCUACCUCCAGAAAAAAGAAAUCAAGUGAAUCUUGCCCAGCUACUGAGAGACUCCAAAGAUAAAAAUCAUCAACUGUCUGAGGAGGUGAAGGAGCUGAAACAGCGACUGGUGGAAGCUCAGGGUGAUAACAAGCUCCUCCGUAUGACCAUCACCAAACAGAGGCUGGGGGAUGAGGAGGUCGGUGCCCGACAUUUUGCUGCGCAUGAACGUGAGGAUCUUGUCCAACAGUUAGAAACAGCACGAGAACAGAACCAUGUGCUGGAGAACAGUGUGAGGUCGCUGACCGAUGAGCUUCAGGAUGUUCGGGCAGAGAGGGACGUGUUUCAGCAGAAAGCUCAUCGACUUAAUGUGGAGAUAAACCACAUCGUUGGCAAUGACGAGAUUCGCUUCCUGGACAUUGACGCCCUCUGUGUGGAGAACAGGUAUUUGCACGAGCGACUCAGUCAACUGCAGCAGGAGGCCAAUCUGCUCAAAACCAAUCUGACCAAGUACAAGAGCGCCCUGGAGUGCAGGAAGAACUCCACCAUCAGUGGUAAAGCCAACAGUAGUGCACUGACCGGGGUUCUCUCUGCCAGACAAGUGAAGGAGUUGCUGCUGUCUGAAGAGAACGGCUGCAGUCUGCCGGUGACUCCUCAGUCAAUCUCGGACCUCAAGUCUCUGGCCACCGCUCUGCUGGAAACCAUCCACGAGAAGAACAUGGUGAUUCAGCACCAGCGACAAAUCAACAAGAUUCUUGGCAACCGAGUUGCAGAACUGGAAAAGAAGCUGAAAACACUAGAGAUGUCAGGAUUAUGGAGACUUCCCGGUCUGACUUAUAAUGUGUCUCUGGGCAUCAAUGGAGGAAAAGACACCAUCAUCAUCAGGGACACAAUACAGUCUGUUGGACACAAAGAUGACAGCGCUGAAAACACAAUUCCAGAACAGCAGAACUCACCCGAUGCUGGAAAUACAGACUGUGAAAAAACAAAUACAUUUGAAUCCCAGAGUGCAGCACCGUCUGAGGAGUACUCUGAGCACUCUGAACAGAACCACACUGAAGAUCCGACUGAUGACAAGCGGGAGAACCCUGAGACCGAGAUACCAAACGACAUCACCCAGAUCCCAGUGGAUCUAACUCCUUCACCAAACCAAGAGGAGAGUCCGAGUGAUUACCUAUCUACAGCGUUAGAAAGAAACACUGCCCAUCCACCAGCUACUCCACAAAUAACUUUAGAAACCACACAGUCUCUGGAUGGACACGGAGAUGAGUCGGACGGCCACCAGGGGCUGGAUGAAACUGUUAAGUGUUUCAUUACGGAGGACAGCUCUAGUGAUGCUGAUGCUAAAGGGCAACAAGUCAACAACCAACCAAACCUGGAGACUGAGGUUUUACAUAAUAAUGUGAAUUAGGAACUCUGAUGUAAGAGCGCUAGUCAUAAAAAUGACGUUUAUAACUUGAUAGCUUUAUUUUAUUUAACGAGAACAUAUGUAGCUGAAAAAAGUAUAUAUAUUAAAAAAAAACACAGAUUAUUUGACACAUGAUAAACUACUGUUUAUCUCUUGUAAGGAAGUGGUGUGGUCUCUGUCUGUCUUUCACUGUCACAGUGUGGGAUGUGAUCAUCUUGAAUUGGAUUUUGGACCAGGUAUUCAGAAUCUAUAUUAUUUUCACUUUCAUUAAUACUGAUAUAAGGUGUGUGUUUUUAAUGUUGUAAUCUCACGUUUUUAUGUUGAGCACAGCAUUUUUACACCAGGUCUAAUAUAAUCUUCUGUACAGCUGUAACUGUAACUGUUCACAUUUGUACCAGUAGUUGUCACAAUGUCGGGAGCUCAGCCGUGUUGGAGAUGUGGACAGGUGGUUUAGUGAGAAAGCAUGCAAGUGUUUA